CCGUGCCCAAAAAAUCUACGCCUCGACCCUCGACCUCACCAUGCCGCCCGGACGCGAGCGAGCGCCGUCCUCGAAGGCCAAGGAAAAACAGGAGUCGCCAACAGCCUUCACCAGCUUUCCAGACUUCUCGCGCAUCAACGAUGAAUGCUUCAACGGAGUCAAAGAAGACACCUUUUCAACACCGCGCCCGACCAGUGGCGGAAAUCGAAAUGGCGGCCUUGGCUUAGGCACCGAGAAACGCUGGGGUGUGGUGGACAACGUCUCCAUCAAGGAUUUGUUGUGGGUCUGUGACCAAACCUUUGCCAAGACUGCGCGACAAAUUUGUUCUGAGGUGCUCCAAAGUGUGCAAGGAGAAUUUGAAGCUGCCAAGGCUCAAAUGAGGCAUGACGUGGUGCAGCCCAUCACUGCGUUGACCAAUGCCCUUGACCGACUUCCCUCGAGGCUGGACGGACCUAUUAAGCGCAUCAUCGAGGCUGAGGUGAUGCCAUCCCUGGUGUCUUUCGGUCAGAGCGUGAAGCGUAUGGACGAGGAACUGAAGGCCAGCUUUGGGCAAGUGGAGAAACAAAGUGUUCAAGUGGAAGAGCUGCAGAGGCGCUCAGUGAAGGCUUGCGAACAGCUGCUGAACCACUUUGCGGAGAAUACCCAGGACCAAUUGGCUCAGAUGCGGCAGAUGCAGUCCCAGCUGCUGGAUGGCAAGAAAAGCACCGCGGGAGAUCUUCAUCAACUGCUGCAGGCCAAUCAUGACCUUCAUGGUGUCAUCGAGCAGAAGGUGGAUGCAUUGCUCUGGAAACAUACCAAGGAAUAUGCUGUGAAAGUGGAUUUCGGACAGAUGCCCAAGGCCCGAGCCGAGGAAGACAUGGCAGCGAUUUCAGCAGUCACAGAAGUGAUGCACAAGGUGGACGUGACGUUGGCGGACUUUGAUGAGAAGAUGCAGG